AUGGAUGCCAAAGUAAAGUCAUCGCCGCUAUCCAAAAGAAUUACUUUUCUCGAGGGGAAGGGGCUUACAUCGGAAGAGGUUGAAGAGGCACUUAAGCGAGCAUACCCUGAACAAGAAAAUCCACAGGAUAAAAACAAAGUAAAUUCAUCGGAAGAACAAAAAAUAAUUGCAUUUCCAAAAGAAGACGUUCCACAAAAACAACCAAAGCUACCUGAAAGAGUUGUUUAUUCAAAAAGAAAUCACACAACACCGUGGAGUGACAUUCUUAUUUGGGGAACUCUAGCUGGCGGAGCCUCUGUAUUGAUUGCUUCCUAUAAUUUGUUUAAAAAUUGGAUCACUGGAUGGCCAUUUUUGAAGUCUGAAUCGGAUCGCCUGUUACAGGAAAUUAAUGAACUGAAAACAUCAAUUGAUCGCAUUAAACUUGAACAGCAAGCUUUAAAAGAAAAGGUCUUUGACCAAUGCGACUCUAUGAAAAGGUUGAUUGAUGAAAGUAGAGAAAAAAUACAAACGUGGUCUAAUUCGGAAUUUGAAGCUCGAGCUCAAAUAGAUUGCUUGACAGAGUCAAUAGAGCGCAUAAAUAGACUUCUUCCUCAAGUGCAAAACUCUGCCAACGAGCAAUUGCGAGAAAGUAUCAAAGAAUGGGAAGGGCAGUUGAUAUCAUUAAGAGCACUGAUUUGCUCACAAGGCGAUGAUAUCUUGGUUUCCUCAAAAGAAAAAGAGUCGAAAAUUCAGGAUGCAAUGCCAUUGCCUGCUUGGCAGUCCGAUCUUUCGCUUGGAGCUAUCAAGGAGCUGGUACUGUAG